CCCGGGCCGAACCGCCCGCUCGCGGUUCCCCUCCAGGCCGCUGAGAGCGCGCGGUGCGCGGGCGCCGCCAGUUAAAGGGUAGCGGGGCGAGCGCCCGGACGCCGCCGCUCCGCCGCAGCUCCCCGGUCCCAGCUGCCAAGGGAACGGUGAAUCAUCCCACUCCUUUCGGUGGAGGCAAGGAUUUGGGCAGGAAGCAUGUGGGGCGUCCUACGAGGCUGGAGGAGAGGCCCUCUGGGCGCAUGGGGAGCCCUGGGGUGGCAGCGGCCCCCCAGCGUCCGCGCCCUGGCCAGCGUGGGCUCCGGGACGCGGGACGAGUACAGUCACGUGGUGGUGGGUGCGGGCUCGGCGGGCUGCGUGCUGGCCGGGCGGCUCACCGAGGAUGCGGACAAGCGUGUGCUGCUGCUGGAGGCCGGGCCCAAGGACGUGCUCGCUGGGAGCAAGCGGCUCUCGUGGAAGAUCCACAUGCCCGCGGCCCUUGUGGCCAACCUGUGCGAUGACAGGUACAACUGGUGCUACCACACGGAGCCACAGCCGGGCCUCGACGGCCGCGUGCUGUACUGGCCGCGCGGCCGGGUCUGGGGCGGCUCGUCAUCGCUCAACGCCAUGGUCUACAUCCGCGGGCACGCAGAGGACUACAACCGCUGGCAGCGGGAGGGCGCGGCCGGCUGGGACUACGAGCACUGCCUGCCCUACUUCCGCAAGGCGCAGAGCCACGAACUGGGCGCCAACAGGUACCGUGGUGGUGACGGGCCGCUGCACGUGUCCCGGGGCAAGACCAACCACGCGCUGCACCGCGCCUUCCUGGAGGCGGCGCAGCAGGCCGGCUACCCCCUCACCGAGGACAUGAACGGCUUCCAGCAAGAAGGCUUCGGAUGGAUGGAUAUGACCAUCCAUCAAGGCCAGCGCUGGAGCACAGCUUGUGCUUACCUGCACCCGGCACUGAGCCGCCCCAACCUCACCGCCGAGGCCCAGACGUUCGUGAGCAGGGUACUGUUUGAAGGCACCCGUGCGGUGGGUGUGGAGUACAUCAAGAAUGGCCAGAGCCACCGGGCUUAUGCCGGCAAAGAGGUGAUUCUGAGCGGGGGCGCCAUCAACUCUCCGCAGUUGCUCAUGCUCUCGGGUGUCGGCAAUGCAGAUGACCUCAGGAAACUGGGUGUCCCGGUGGUAUGCCACCUUCCCGGAGUUGGCCAGAACCUUCAGGACCACCUGGAGAUCUACGUCCAGCAGGCGUGCACCCUCCCCAUCACCCUCCAUUCAGCGCAGAAGCCCUUGAGGAAGGUCCGGAUUGGUCUAGAGUGGCUCUGGAAGUUCACAGGGGAUGGAGCCACAGCCCAUCUGGAAACAGGUGGGUUCAUCCGGAGCCAGCCUGGGGUCCCUCACCCAGACAUCCAGUUCCAUUUCCUGCCAUCCCAGGUGAUCGACCAUGGGCGGGUCCCCACCCAGCAGGAAGCAUACCAGGUGCAUGUGGGGACCAUGCGGGGCACCAGUGUGGGCUGGCUCAAACUGAGAAGUGCCAACCCCCGGGACCACCCUGUGAUUCAACCCAACUACUUGUCAACAGAAACCGACAUUAAGGACUUCCGACAGUGUGUGAAGCUAACCAGAGAAAUUUUUGCCCAGAAAGCCCUGGAACCGUUCCGGGGGAAAGAGCUCCAGCCAGGAAGCCACGUGCAGUCAGAUAAAGAGAUAGAUGCAUUUGUGCGGGCGAAAGCGGACAGCGCCUACCACCCCUCGUGCACCUGUAAGAUGGGCCAGCCCUCUGACCCCACUGCCGUGGUGGACCCACAGACCAGGGUGCUUGGAGUGGAAAACCUCAGGGUGGUCGACGCCUCCAUCAUGCCCAGUGUGGUCAGCGGCAACCUUAACGCCCCCACCAUCAUGAUCGCAGAGAAAGCAGCCGACAUCAUCAAGGGGCAGCCUGCGCUCUGGGACAAGGACGUCCCCGUCUAUAAGCCCGGGAGCCUGGCCACCCAGCGCUGAGGCAGUCACUGCCUGAGAAGCCUCCUGACAAGCCAAGAGGGUCAGAACAGUCCCUGCCCUCAGUGCCCCUGCCUGAAACUGUCUAGAAUGUUAGGAUUCGAUGGCUGAGAAUGGGUAAUCUCGUAGGGUGGGAGAUCGGUAUCAGAACAACGAAGCAGGGUUCUUUUCCCCAGCAUUUUCCUGUGGGCCCCUCCCCCUGCCUCCUGAAGAGACAGCAGAGGGGACCAGGGGGCAGGCCAGUGGAAGAGGAUGGCUAACUCCUGCCAUGGGCCUUGUCUCAAUAGUCCAGGUCUUGGUCGGACUUGAGGGACGUGGUUCUCUCCUAGACCUCCCUCUUAAUUAAGGUGAGCUGCUCCCAGAGCAGGGUGCUGUGCCCAGAGGCUGGGUGCUGGCUAGACCAUACCGGGUUCUCAGGGUAGGGGGCAUCCCCUGUCUCAGGCUGCAUGCUGUAGCUGAGGGGUGUGCAUAAGCCUCCAGCAUCCCUAUUCAGACGGCAAGCUGCCUGCCGGGACAAACACGGGCCUCCCUUGCGCUUCUCGAUGCCACUUCCUGUUGGGUCACUCUGAGGGCCCACCUCUCCAGUGCUCUGGGUCUUACUAAACACAGCCCGCUGGGAAGAUUUCUGGACCUUGUUCAAAAGAAGCUUCCAGAGAGUCUCUUCACUACCCUAGGUUUCAUGAUUUAGCAUUUUAAAAGAUUUUCCUGUUACCAGGGAAACCUAGAAACCCAGAGCAGACCCUACAGACCAGACCGUUGCUCCACGCCAAGGCAGCAAGCCUGAGAGGACCCUUUCCUGUCACCCUGGGGAAGCGACUCACAGCAGACAAGGCCGGCCGAUUCGUAUUCCGCAGGCAUCCACAGGAACUGACCGGGAUGGAGCCGAGGCUGAUGGAAAAAGCGGUCAGGUCACGCUAGGUACCUGAUCCUGUAAAAGUGCAAUUGAGUGAAGGAAAAAAAAUCAAUUGGCAAAGAUUUGAGUUUCCGGGGAGGAGGGAGAAACAGAUACCAGAAGCAUUUAAAACAGCUCUUUGAUCUUUAAAAUUCUAUAAUCCA